CCCGCCGGCGAGCGGCGAGCGCGUCGGGCGCUGGAGGAGCCCGGCCAGGUUAUUUUGUUGGCUGUGAAGAACCACGGACCCUUGGUGCCCUGAUGGGGGACUCGGGAUCCAGACGCUCGACUCUUGUAUCUCGGUUGCCAAUAUUCAGGAGAAGUGUUAGCCGGAGACACGACUCCCUUCCUUCCUCGCCUUCUUCUGCCAACGCCAUUGGUGUCCACACCUCCUCCCCAUCCAGCACCAACUCCAGCUCAGGGAGCACAGGAAAGCGCCGGAGCAUUUUCCGCACCCCUUCCAUUAGUUUCCAUAACAAGAAAGGGAGUGAGCAGAAGCCUGACUCAGCAAGUCAAAAUGUUAACAUCUCAAAUGGUGCCCAAUCUUCCCUUAGCACUUUUCACAAACUCAGCUUAGACGAGCACAUAAAAAGCAGAGGAAGGCAUUCAGUUGGCUUUGGCAGUUCACGUAACAAGAAGAUUACAAGGUCUUUGACAGAUGAUUUUGAAAAGGGAAAGGAGCCCUCAGCUAAUAAGAAUGUCUUUAUCAAUUGCAUAAGCUCUGGGAAAAAUGAGGGUGAUGAUUCGGGCUUUGCAGAAGAGCGGAGCCGAUACUCUGUCAAACAGUCCACACGAAAACUCCUCACUAAGUCUUUUUCAUCACACUACAGAUUUUCCAAACCAGUUCCAGAGAGUCAGUCGGUUUCCUCUGUGCAGCAGCCCAGGUGCUUGCUGGAAGUCAAAUCCUACGUGGAGAGCGAGCCUGUGAUGGCCAAGUCAUCUCCUCCGUGCUCGGCUGAGACGACGGAGUGCAUGGGCAGCUCCCUGCAGUCCCCGCUGCUCUCGGCUGACCUCACGGCUGCCCAGACCCCUUCGGACUUCAUUGCUCUCACCGAGGACUCUGUGUCAGAGGCUGAUGCCCUGCCCAGCAGUGGGCCUGGGGCGCUGCUCGCAGAGGAUUUUGGCCACGAUGUCUCUGCCUCUCAGGUCUUCUUUAAUCCUGCUGCUGCUCCUGCGAGGGAGAGAGAUACUGUGCAAAGUGCUGGCCAUUCUGCUGGUGUGUCUCCUGUGAGUCAUGCAAGCUCGUGCAGUGUGGAGUCCAGUACCUUAUUCAAAACCUCAGUUGCUAAUCAAACAAAAGUACUAUUGCAAGCCAAUGGACUGCAUAUUAAUGAUGCCAGGCACAUAGAAAAAAAUAACUCGGAAAAUGAACAUUUAGAAACCUUGACGUUAGAGUGUAGUGAAGAACCAGUGACCCUCUCUCCAAAGGCACAGGGGUUGAGUGACAGCAGAGAUGAAAGCACUCCAUCUGAGCACAUGAGAAACGCAAUUCCUGUAGUGGAGUCUAAUGGAGUUCCAUGUUCUGAACCUCAGUCCUUUAAAAUACAACAGGGUUAUGAAUCAAACCAUUCUAAAGUUGAUGUUACCAACAGCCUCAGUCCGUACCGGGAGGGCAGAUUUGUUGAGAAACGCCUGAGGUCCUCUUCAGAAGGCACUGCUGGGGGCAGCCGGCUGAUCAUAAAACCAAAGGAUGGAAAUGCAGAAGAGCUUAACAGCCUAAGGAAGCAGAGAGCAAGCUCUUCCUCUUCCAAAAUGAACAGCAUGGACGUUUUGAAUAACUUGGGUUCCUGUGAGUUGGAUGAAGAUGACCUAAUGCUUGACUUGGAGUUCCUGGAAGAGCAACAUCACCAGCGUUCUGUGUGCCGGGAAGACUCAUACCAGUCAAUAGUGUCAUGUGCUGCUGUAGUACUCACCCCUGUGGAGACCACAGUGGAAACAAGAAAAAAAGAACAGAUGAUAAUGCCUGAUGUGUCCAAACAGAAUCUGUCCUUGAAGCUGUCGAAGGAGGUGGAGCAAGGAGAAGCCAGGCACCCCCGUGUCAGCCAGCUGGCUGGCAGCCCGUCUGUGGAGUGGCCUUUCACUGGGCUGGAAGAAGGUGGGGGCAUUGAGUCUCUGCCCUUCAGACUGAUGCUCCAAGACUGCACGGCUGUCAAGACAUUGCUUCUGAAAAUGAAGAGGGUUCUGCAAGAGAGUACGGACAUGAGCCCAGCUGGCAGCACAGCCUCCCUCCCUGUCAGCCCCCUUCCUGAGGAGCCCUUGUUUUUCAAGGAUGGAAUAAAAGAUGAAUGCUCAGUGCUGAAGCUGCAGCUGAAGGAGAGAGAAGAGCUCAUAGCCCAGCUUCGUGAGGAGCUGGAAAAGGCUCAGUGCUUUCAGAAGGCUCUGGCUUCCCAAGCAGAUAAGUCCACACAGACAGAACUCAUUGCCCAUGAUACUACAUAUCCAAUCAGAACGGCGAGCCAAAACCUCAGCUCAAGGGACAAAAAGUCAGCACUUACUCCCACCGAGGACCCUUUUAGACACCCACCGGGCAACCAAGCAGCAGCGUACGAGAGCAAGAGCUGCCAGCUGUCUAAUUUGUGUCUGAGCAGCCUCCUGAAGGAGAAGGAGCUCGUGGAAGCCAUCAAGCACACGCGGGGCACGUACGAGGCCCUGGCCCCAGAGGCCGCCCAGAACGGUUUGGCAGUCAUGGCCACCAGCCCAGCCCAGGCCGCGUCCAAGGCCGACGGCUUCCCCACGUUCCCAGGGGCUCCCAAGGACCAAAGCGCUGUGCCUCGGCAGCACAGCACCUUCACAGGGAGACUGGGACAGCCCCCCAGGGGACCCAUCUCCCUACACAUGUACAGCAGGAAGAACGUUUUCCUCCACCACAACCUGCACACGGCAGAGCUACAGACUUUAGGUCAACAAGAUGGCUAACAAGGUGCUUAUUUUCUUGCCAUGGAAGGAGAGUUGAUUAAAGAGGGAUGUAAGCUCACCUAGAGCUCUGUCGUCAGUUCUCAUCUGCUGCUACUUUCAUGUGAAAAAAAAAAACAAUAAAAAUUUAACUUUGUCUGUAGGUUCCAUAUUUUCCCACCUUGGACUGAGGCAAAAGGAUGAACGAGAUUGUUAAAUAUCUGGGCUGAUUUGUCAUGCAGAAGUCACCAUGAGUUAAUAAAUGGGACCAUUUGGCUGGCAGUCCAAUGUUGGCUAAAUAUAUUUUACCCCUCUGUAAGUCACUAUGAUUCCCUAAAGUUCUAGAAGAUGAUCUUAAAUAAAACCUGUAUGUUUAAUAAUAUUACUGUUAAAGUAGAUGUGAGGAAUAAAUAGAUAAGUAAUUAGUAAACCCUCUUGAAUUCCAUGGAGAUUAGGGAAAUAAGGAGUCAGAAAUCUUUAAGGACCCUCUUUUUACACAUUUUUUUUAAUACAGUGAAAUUUGGUAACUUACAGAGCGUUACCACUUCCUGCUGUAUGUGUUUCAUGAGUGCCUCAUGCUACAAGUGGAGGAAGUAAUUGAUUUUCCUCUAACAGGUUCAUAGAGGGUUGCCAGGUAUUUGAGUCAGUAAAUUGGGUCCCAGACUGAGGAUGUCAGCUUCUUUCCUCAACCUCCCCUUCCCUCUUCACACUUCUAUUUAGCUACAUUUCUCUGAGUGUUUCGGUUCUAUGAGGGCAUGUCAAGUGGUGGUGAUCUUUGUGCUUUACAGGCACUGUAGCACUCAUGAUGCGAUGUGACAUUCUGCUGUGUAAUUCAUCCUAUAAUUUCAUUCCACUUCCCAAACCAAAAAUGUGUGAAAGCCUAAAGUAAGAGAAAUCAUCUUAUUACCCAGGCUGAACAACAUGCAUCAGUCAUAAUUUCUGUGGGCUGUAUCAUCUGCACUUCAGGACGUGUUGGUUUACACCAUCUCACUGGGUUUGUUAGUCUUGACAUGUAACAGACAAGUGAGAUUAAUUUAUUGCCUGGUCUCUGGGAGUAUGAAGUCAUCUGACCACGCCACAGAACCUGGAGACCUGUCGGUUGCAAAAUAUCUGGUUUUCCCCUCUCAGAGGCUUGGG